GAGAGAGAGAGAGAGAGAGCGAGAGAGAGAGAGGAGAAUUUACAUAAUUACGCAAUAUGACGGAUAGAGUGUACCCAUCAGCCAAGCCGACGGCCAAAGGGGGCGGCCCCGCCCCCGCCGUAAAUGGUGGCUCCAACCCAAACAAAGCUCAAUUAUACAACGCCACUCGCCCCAUGUACCGCCCUCAACCACCGCGGCGUCGCCACCGCCGGAGCUGCUGCCGCUCUAUCUGUCUUUGCACCACCCUCAUAAUACUCUUUCUCCUGCUUCUUGCCGCCAUCGCCGGCACCCUUUUUUGGGUCUUUUACCACCCUCACCGCCCUUCUUUCUCAGUUUCCACCCUCCACCUCUCCAAAUUCAAACUCACCGACACCGCCAUCACCUCGACCUUCGACCUCACUCUCACAGCACGUAACACUAACAAGAAAAUUGUCUUCCUCUACGAUCCCAUCGCCGUGAAAAUAUUUUCCGGCGACAUCACUGUAGGCGAUGGAUCUUUACCGGGCUUUACUCAAGCUACCAAAAACUUUACCACUUUGAGAGCUGUAAUUUCAAAUUCUUCCCCAUUUUCCGAUGGCACCGACACUUCUCCAUUGAAAUCGAGCUUGAAGAACAAGAAUUUGCAGCUCAAAAUCACGCUCGAAACCAAAGUGAAAGUCAAAAUGGGAAAGUUGAAAACGAAGAAGCUAAAAAUUAGGGUUAAUUGUGAUGGUAUUAAAAUAUCGGUGCCCACCGGAAAGUCGCCGACGACGGCAAUGCCGGUGGAUGUGAAGUGCAAGGUUGAUCCAACUUUCAAGAUCAUCAAAUGGAGUGUUUGAAGAAAAUUUUCUUAGAGAAGGUGUGAUUAUUUUUCCCUUUUUUUCCUGAUUUGAUCAAUCGUGUUUUGUUUUUUUUGUUUUUGUUUUUUUUUCCUGAAAAUAUUUGUGGGCAUAUGAUUUUGUAGUAAAAUUGUAUAAAUACUCGUAUAGUGUGUUUUAACACAAGAUACGAUUUUGUGAUAGAAAUUUGAUCACAAAAUUUUUUAAA